UGAAAUCAUUCAUAAUUUAUUAUUGCUUUCCAAAGACAGGUGGGUGUGGGGAGUCGUCGUCACUUUUGAGUUAAGGUGCCAUUACUCAAUUCGCUCAAAUAAUAAUAAAUUCACUUUUCAUUUCAUAUAAUUCUUCAACUUCAUUCAUUCACUUCACACUUCACUUCAACCAUCCAUGAGCUUUCAAGAUAUUCAACAUGGCUCCAAUCCUCCUUCUCGUCGAACUCAGUCCCCGUCACAAGCCGUCGCUGCCGGAAUUUUUCAGAUCAAUACCGCCGUUGCUACUUUCCGACGACUCGUUGAUUCCGUUGGAACUGUUAAAGAUACUCCAGAACAUCGUCAGAAACUGCAUAAUACAAGACAGAGGAUAUCGCAGCUUGUGAAGGAUACUUCUGCUAAGCUUAAAUCUUUGUCUGAAUCUAAUCGGGAUUCUAAUGCCAAUGCAAAUAAGAAAAUUGAAGAUGCUAAGUUGGCAAGAGAUUUCCAAACCACAUUGCAAGAAUUUCAGAAAGUUCAACAGCUUGCUUCUGAGCGUGAAUCAGCUUAUACUCCUGCUGCCCCUGCUUCUUCUUUACCAACAAGCUCUGGCCCUGGUGAACAAUCAAUUGAGAUAGACCCCGAAAGCCAACCUUUGGUCAGAGGGCAGAUGAGGCAAGAGUUACAUCUACUGGAUAAUGAAAUAUCCUUCAAUGAGGCCAUGAUUGAAGAAAGAGAUCAAGGUCUUAGAGAGAUAGAAGAGCAAAUUGGAGAAGCAAAUGAAAUAUUCAAGGACCUUGCUGUUUUGGUUCAUGAUCAGGGGAUUGUUAUUGAUGACAUUCAAUCAAAUAUAGAUACUUCUGCUGGUGCAACAGUUCAAACUAAGGCCCAGCUAGCCAAAGCUAACAAAAGUGUGAAAUCCAAAAAUAAAUGGUGUUGGUGGGUGCUUUUAAUUUUUGUGGCUGUGCUGGUCAUCUUCCUCAUUGUACUCCUUAUUUAGUUUGGAAUGUCAUAUAAGUUGGACAAAUUUUUUUACUCCAUUGUUAUUACAUCUUCAAGAUUAAUUUAAAUCGACGAAUCUUCUAAUAUUUUGUUGGUGUGUAAGUGUCUUGUGGUGUGAAGAGUGUUUGGGCCAAAAGAAAUGUGUUAAAAGAGUGUAUUGUGGCUCUCCACAUCCAGCAGCCAGCAGUUUGAUGUCUUAAGUGAGCAUUAGCAGGUGGAAGUUGGAAGAAGUAACUUUAUGUAAAGCAAUUUUAGGGAAAUUUGUUCUGUACUGUAUUUUAGUAUAUAUAUUUGUAAAAUUUGUAGUUGUUAUUGAAACAUAUUGCAAAGUUAUCAAAUUCUUAACAGGAAACUGCUUGUGUGUAUUUUUAA